CGGAAGUUUUGAUUUUAACGUCGAUUGAAAAUCGGAUGGAUAAGAAUAAUCGCAAAGAGCCGUUUUAGGGACACUAAAGUGCCACAAAGAUAAUCAAGGUCAUUGUCAGAGCAUAGUUUACGCACGGUUACCGUGGUCUACACAUUCACAACAUAUUCACAGCGACCAAUAUCUACGCUGUAUCAUAUAAAUGUGUACGUGUGUCAGAUUUUUAGAUGGAAGCCUGAUGAUCCACCUUUUGAAAUGAACACACAUGUCACAAAAAUACAAAACUGCACUUGACAAUGUUCUUGACUCAUCAUAGCUGAGUUUUGGAUAUAUCUGCUUCAUCUCAUUUAUCUAUAUCCAAAGUUCAAGUAAAGAAUUACCCCGUCUUACCAUAUAAGGAAAUGUUAGUAGAAAUGGAAAAGAGACAUGGAAAAGUCAUGCGUUAUGUUAAACAAGGUGAAGUACAGAAAUUAAAAUCUUAUUUAAAGAAACACCGGAAUCUGGAUGUGAAUUCAAUUCAGGAUGAGAAGAAGAGGACACCUUUACACAUAGCUUGCCUUCUCAGUGAUGAUUUGGUAGUUAGGUGUUUAUUAAAAUCAGGUGCUCGCUGUGAUCUUCAGGAUAUCGAUGGUAAUACACCCUUGCAUCUUGUCUUAAAUGAUGUGCUCUUAGGAAACAAAUCUGCUUACAGUGAUAUUGCUGAACCACUCAUAAAGAGAUGUCCCAAGUCACUUCGUAUUAAAAACAACAAGAACGUUAAGCCCAGUAAGCUAUUAAGAGAUGUUGAACUCGAAAAACAGAGAAAGGCUGCAGAAGAAAUCCAGGAACAGAAACAAAGGGAGCAACAAGCAGAGCAGGAAUGGCACGAGAAACUGGUAGGUGAAUGGCAAGAUGAAACAAGCUAUGAAGAUUACACCCAUCACUUUUCGGAAGACAAUUACCAUUAUGACAAUGCCGAUUCGUAUGAUGACUGGGCUGACAAGAUCAGCCAUGAAUUUUGGAGAAAUAAGAACAAAAGAAAGCUGGAUGAAGAAGAACACACAAGACGAAAAAAGAAACAUGAAGAAAAUAAACAGCGAGAGUUUCAAGAACAACUUGAAAGAGAACAUGCAGAGUAUGAAAGAAGAUGUUCAAGACAAAUUCAAGAACAAAUGCAUGAACGGAAGAGGAAAUAUAUUGCAAAUUGUUGUAGAGUCUUCCAUGUGGAUAAUACAACAAAACUGAAAUAUGAUGACAUGCCAUGGCCAUGUGUGAAAGGUGACGUUAAUGAAAUGAUUAAAGUUAUUCUAUGGGAUGUUAAUCAGGAUGAUAAGAAGGGUUAUAGGAGAUAUAUCAGAGUACAACAGACAACGUGGCAUCCAGAUAAGAUUCAACAGAAGCUAGGACAUAGACUGCAUGACAGACAUCAAGAAAGAAUAUUGAACAGAGUGACUGAGUUGUCACAAGCUUUGAAUAAACUUCUUGAUGACAGUGGUUAA